AUGACACCACCCCCAAAAACGCCUCUUAGAGCUCUUAGUGCAACACCACCAGCACCAGAAGAUGACGAAAUUCUUCAGAUUGCAGCAAUGGAAGUGGAGCAAGAGGAAGAAUUACAGAACCGACGACCUAUAGAACAAAUGGAUGGUGUCAAUGGGUCAAUGGGUCAAUGGGUGCCAAUUACAAGCGGUCACAUAAAGAAGCUGAAGGAAGCUGAAUACCACAAAAUGGGAUCGGUUGCUCAGGCUCUUAAAAAGAAUUUAGUAAAGAUUGAAGGAAUAGCAAGGCAAAAAUUGAUAAAUUGCAAGCUGAAGCAAGAAAAUAUGUCAACUACAAGUUUGAACCAAAAUGUAAUCAAAUCGGUAAUCGAUUUUUACAGUAAUGAUGAAGAAAUGAUAUUAGCAUUAAAUUAUUAG